CACCUCCGCUCCUUCCUCCUCCGAACCGGCCUCUUCCUCCUUCCAAGCUUCCUCCACCACCCUCGUCUCUCGCAAACCACAACAACAACAACCGCUAGUACUGGCACUGGGACCGGGGCUGGGCCAACCGCCUACCUAGACGGCAUGCGCGGCCUGGCCGCCCUGUUCGUCUUCUUCUGCCACCACGCCUACACAGCCUUCGCAAUCGCCCCCGGAUACGGCUACCGCGGCGGCGCAGAGCACAGGGACUUGCUCAAGCUGCCCUUUCUACGGCUAUUCUUCUCGGGACCGCCCAUGGUGUGCGUGUUCUUUGUUGUCUCCGGGUACGCGCUCUCUCUGAAACCUCUCCGGCUCAUCAUCAUUCAUACACAAAAUGGGAAGAACAAGGGGAACGGGAGGGGGAAGUUGAUGGACACCAUGGCCAGUCUCACCUUCCGCCGGGCCGUGAGACUGUUCCUGCCGCCCGCCGUGUCGACGCUCAUGGUUGUCGGGAUGGUCCGGCUGGGGCUGUACGAGUGGACAAGGGAGUUUGCCUACGAUGCACGGUACGUGCGGAAUCAUCAGGAGCACCACUACGGCCCGCGCACGGAGACGCUGGGGGAGCAGGUGGGCGAUUGGGCGCGGCAGCUUCUUGGGUUUGUGCAUGUCUGGGACUGGGCGCCGUUUGGCGGGAGUAUGGCGCUCGACGUGCACCUGUGGACCAUCCCCGUCGAGUUCCGCUGUUCGAUGGCGUUGUUCCUCACCAUCGUCGGCACGGCGAGGCUGAGGAGGGCGGUCAGGCUUGCUGUGGUGGCCGGGUUGGUGUGGUUCUCGUACUGGAAUCAGAGGUGGGAGAUGGUGCUGUUUUAUGCGGGGAUGGUGUUGGCCGAGGCCGAUGUCGUGAGGGGCGCGCAUGGUGGUGGUGGUGGUGAUGACUUCCCUGUUGUUUCGGCUUCUCGCUGCUGUUCUCCUACGCCGGGGCUGUUGUCGGCGAGACGGUUCACGGCGACACGCUCGCUGUGGUGGAUCGCUGUCAGCAUCGUGGGGUUGUACUUCAUGUCGCAGCCCGACGAGGGCGGCGCCGAGACACCCGGCUGGGUCUAUCUCACGAAGCUGAUACCCAAGUGGUGGGGAGACGAGCACAGGUACUGGCAGAGCUUUGGCGCCGUAAUCUUCGUGCUGGCGGUGGGCCGCUCCGCCUGCUGGCAGCGCUUCUUCAAUCUGGCCGUGGUGCAGUACCUCGGCCGGAUCAGCUAUGCGGUGUACUUGAUGCACGGGCCGGUGCUGCACACGGUCGGAUAUGCGCUUGAGCGGUGGGCGUGGGGGCUGACGGGUACCGAGGGCAGGGCGUACGUUGCCGGGUUUCUCCUGGCGUCUGUCUUUGUGGUGCCGAUUGUGAUCUGGGUGUCAGAUGUGUUUUGGCGAGCUGUAGACGCGCCUGUUGUGAGGUUUGCCAAAUGGCUUGAGAAGCGAUGUUCCAUAUCUGAGUAG